AUGCUUUUGGUGCAGCUACCGCGGACGGUCAAACUUGCUGGGAUUGUUGCAGUGGUGUUGACAAUAUUGCUGAUUUCGAGUUGUCUGGCUAGGAUUGGGGAGACACAUAUUGCAGGCACUUCCUUGAGCACCGGAGGCGAGGCCGACGAAGGGGAGAAACCCACUGCUGGAAGCUUGAGCGUGGAACCCCUGCCUUGUCGAAGACUACCGGGUGUGGAUGAUGUUCUGGUGGUGAUGAGAACUGGAGCGAGCGAGAUCAGAGAUAAGCUGCCGAUUCAUUAUGAUACGACAUUCCGAUGCUAUGGGGAUGUCGUGAUCUUUUCCGACCAUGAAGAAGAUGACUUUCGGGGACGACGGGUGCACAAUGUACUUGCAGAUAUGCCACAGCAGGUCAUCAACACGCACAUGGAUUUCAUGCACUAUCGCCAUAUCCAGCAAGUCGGACGCGAAGGUCUUCAUGCCUCGGAACUCUCUGGUGGUGUCAGUGAAGAAGUUGGCAAGUUUGGAAAGAACAACAACGCGGGGUGGCGGUUGGAUAAGUGGAAGUUCUUGCCAAUGAUUAAUCGCACUCUUGAGAUGUACCCAACGAAGAAGUGGUACCUGUUCGUCGAACCGGACACCUAUGUGGUUUGGAGCAACUUUCUACGAUGGAUCCAGGAACUUGACCCAAGCAAACCCGCCUACUAUGGGAGUGAAAAUCUGAUAGGUGAGGAUCUAUUCGCACAUGGUGGCUCGGCUUUUCUUCUAUCAAGGCCUGCUCUUCAGAACGGUGUCGAGGUUUACAGAUCGAAUACGACGGGCCAUCAUGCCAUGACCGGGACACACUGGGCUGGAGACUGUGUGCUGGGGAUCACGUUGAAGGAGGCGGGCGUUCCUUUGACCUGGACAUGGCCGAUGUUCCAAGGCGGUAACCCGUCCGAUCAGAUGCAGUUUGAGCAGAAGAAAGGCAAGAAUACAUUGUGGUGCAGUCCGGUUUUGAGCUAUCAUCACUUUACGCCGGAACAAGUCGCAGAUCUGUGGAAGUUUGAGCAAGACUGGAUUCAAUCAUUGCAAGAUCGCAAACCAAGCUUUUGGUCAGAUCUUGCGUUCUGGAAGUCGGAUCAUAGCUCCAUUCUACAUCAUCGGGAAGUCUUCAAGCACUUUGUCAUGCCGGAAUUGAUGUCUGAACGAGUGGAUUGGACCAAUUCGCCCGAGACAUACCAUCCUGGUACCGAGGACGCCACGAUGGAAGAGUGUCGAGCUCGAUGUGCAGCUAAUGCAUGGUGUAUGCAGUAUGCUCUUGGUCCCGCGGGUUGCUUUACAGGGAAAGCGCCACGUAUUGGACGUGCGCAGGAGGGCUUUCGGUCGCAGUGGAUGACGCAGAGACUCGAGAUAUGGAUGGGAAGCCUGGACCGAUGUCGUGGGAAAGAAGGGUGGACGGUGACGUGA